GACGACAUAGCCCGUCGACAUCAAAUAGUUGCGCCAGAUCCAAAUACUUCACUCUAUUCUCAGCUUGAUCCAUCUUAGGUGCUUUACUCUCAAGUACCAUGUCUUUCCAAUUCAGCACGGACGAAUCGUUCCACUUUGAGGUCAUCCGCGCCCUUGGCCUAAGUGCAUAUGGUGGCAGUGAUGUGAGCGAGGUGCUCUACACCAUUCCUCAGAUCAAGACUGGGGACUUUGAAUCCUGGGUGGCUGCCUGGUCCAAGAGGGCAGAGAGAACUCUUGAGAACGCCCGCAAGGCCAAGAAUCCUGUUUCGAUCCGGGACCAUCUCUUUCGAGCCGCGACCUAUUUUCGCACGGCCGAGUUCUACCUCCACGGCAACUGGGAGGAUCCUCGCAUCAACGAGCUUUGGAACAAGAAUGUUGACUGCUUUUCCAAAGCCAUCACCUACCUCCCGGUUCCUGGAGAGAAGAAGGUGCUGUCGGCAGAUGGCUUCCAGGUCCCCAUCUAUUGGUUUAGGCCGAGCCCUGAUGACAGCGUGAAGAGGCCUACGCUCAUGCUCUUCAUCGGCUUUGAUUCCGGUCCAGAGGAGAUGAUCCAUAUGCACGGCUUCCCAGCCCUGGAACGCGGCUACAACGUCGUCUGUCUGGAAGGGCCGGGCCAGGGCUCCGUCCGACGUGGGCAGGGCCUGGGCUUUACUCACGAAUGGGAGAAGGUCGUCACACCGGUGGUCGACUUUCUUGAGACGCAGCCCAGCGUAGACAAGACCAAGAUUGCCCUUUGCGGCUUGUCCAUGGGCGGGUUCCUCAGUGCGAGGGCGGCUGCCUUCGAACACCGCAUCGCGGCGCUGAUCUGCGAUGACGCCGUCCACGAUUUUGACGACUUCAGCGAGUCGUCCUACCUUGAGAAAUUCAACAUCAAGGACGAUCCGGAGAGCAUCCAGGCUUUCAUCAAUGAUAACAGCCAGCCUAUGGGUCCUCGUUGGUUGCUCGCUCAUGGGAUGUGGUCCUAUAAAGUCAAGACUCUGGCGGAGCUAGGGAAGGGAUGGGCCAAGAUGUCCAUGGCUGGUUUGACAGACAAGAUUCAGUGUCCCGUGUUCCUUGGAGACGCUGUUGGCGAUUUGUUCUUCAAGGACGGUGGUCAUGCUCAGAAAAUGGCAGAGGGCCUCGGAGACAAGGCUACCGUGUACAAGUUCACCGCCGAAGAUGGGGCCGACUUGCACUGUCAGGAAGGAGCCCUUAGGUUUGCGAACCAGGUGAUGUUUGACUGGCUUGACGAGAAGCUGGGAGUGAACUGAGAGAGAGAGGGUUUUUUAUAAGUAGCCAAGAAAGGCAGCGAAGAAUACCAUGGUCCUAGCCAUAUUGAUAAGCAUC